AUGGAGAAUAAUCCAGAAGAAAAUGAGGUGGAGUCUGUUGAAACCGAUGAGGAGUACGAGUUUGAAGCCUCUCAGUUUUUCGAUUUCACGAGGCCCGAGUUUGAUUACGAGAUUGAGGAGGCCGAGCGCUGGUUCGAAGCUUCUGGAGAUUAUCCUCCUUCUCCAUUCAUUGUAAAGCUGAACUUGGAGAAAAUACUAUACACGGAGAUUUUGCCGAGCAUCUAUUCGAAAGCAUCACACAAUAACAUCAAGUCAAUCAGCAGCAGCAGCAGUUCGAAUGCUAUUUCCAGUUCGAAAAAGGAUUCCAAAGCCAGCCUCAGUCUGAAAGGCUCUCAGAGUCCCACUGGAUCUGAUGUUGCGACAAAAAGACAAAAGCUUAGUGUUGGCUACUUAAGAAAGAUUCUGGAGCCUCGUUUGUCUCAACAACGGAAAAAGAGCCAGCCAACAUUGCCGGAGUUUCAAGUGUUUCACUUGAAGACAAUGGAGAGAGCCAAUCACCAUGCUUCUAAAUUCUCCGAAAAUCCACCCACAGAGCAGUUUUCUAAGAAGCUCACACUGAACCUUUUUACGCUUUACAGAAGCUUGGACAUACGAUGA